AAGUAGCCAGCAAAAAUCACCUGUCAACCGUCUUCCUCUGUCUUUUUCUUCUUCCUCCAACAAUCGCCUGAAAAAUUUCUCAGAGAUGGAAUAUUCCGCCAAUGAAUUCGACGUCGUCGUGGUCGGAGCCGGCAUCAUGGGUAGCUCCACCGCCUACCAGACGGCCAAGCGUGACCAGAAGACCCUCCUCCUCGAGCAAUUCAACUUCCUCCACCACCACGGCUCCUCCCAUGGCGAGUCUCGGACGAUCCGUGCCACCUACCCGGAAGACUACUACACGCCAUUGGUUCUCGAGUCCUACAAGCUCUGGCAGCAAGCCGAGUCCGAGAUCGGCUACAAUGUCUACUUCAAAGCUCACCAUUUGGACAUGGCCCCGGCAAACAACAAAGUUCUGCAUGCCAUUGUUGAGAGCUGUGGUAAAAAUUCGGUCCCCAUUCGGGUCAUGAACCGGGACCAGCUGGAUCGGGAGUUCUCGGGUCGGGUUCGGAUUCCGGAGGAUUGGGUGGCCGUGGCAACGGAGCAUGGUGGGGUUAUUAAACCCAUCAAGGCUGUGUCUAUGUUUCAAACACUUGCUCUGCAGAAUGGUGCCGUUUUGAGGGACAAUAUGGAGGUGAAGGGUGUGGAGAGAGAUGGGGUGAGAGGAGGGGUUUGGGUGUGCACAGAAAAUGGAGAGAGGUUUUGGGGGAAGAAGUGUGUGGUGACCGUUGGGGCUUGGACUACAAAGUUAGUUAAAACGGUUGCUGGGAUUGAGCUGCCUAUGCAGCCAUUGGAGACCGCUGUUUGUUAUUGGAGGAUUAAGGAGGGGCAUGAGGGUGGUUUUGCCAUUGGUGGUGACUUUCCAACCUUUGCUAGCUAUGGGGACAACUACAUUUAUGGGACACCCUCGUUGGAGUACCCCGGUUUGAUCAAGGUUGCCGUGCAUGGCGGGUGCCCAUGUGACCCGGAUAAGAGGCAGUGGGGUCCCGGGAACCCGCUGGCUCCGAACACGCUGGAUCCGUUGAAGGAGUGGAUUGAGGGGAGGUUCUCCGGUAUGGUUGACUCCGGUGGGCCUGUGGCCACUCAGACUCAGCUGUGUAUGUACUCCAUGACCCCCGAUGAGGACUUUGUGAUUGAUUUCUUGGGUGGGGAGUUUGGGAAGGAUGUGGUGGUGGGUGGCGGGUUUUCGGAUCACGGGUUUAAGCUGUCUCCAGUGGUUGGGAGGAUAUUGGCUGACCUUGCACUUAGUGGGGAGGCUCAAGGAGUGGAUCUGAAGCACUUUAGGAUAGCAAGGUUUCAAGAGAAUCCUAGAGGCAAUGUUAAAGACUUCCUAUAGAUCAUCGGUGCUAAUUUGAAGCAGAAUUGGGUAGCUUCCAUCUGCGGCCAAUAAUUUGAAGCACUUUAG